GCCUGUAGCCGAUAGCCCCUGUCUUACGUUUGGUAACCGAGAGAUUUAGUCAGAAAAUACACCUUAACGAGAAGUGUACGCCUGUUUCUGAGGAUCACCGUGUUAGAGAAGACUCAACGCAAACUGUGUCGAUGUUUAAAACAAAAAUAAAAUCCUGUUUGACCAGAAUUUUACACGAAGUUCGCGUCAAGUGUUAGCUUUUGUGAAGACGCUGACGGAGGCCUUGAAGGGAGCGCCUUUUGGAAAGAGACCUAAAUAAAGGAUUCACGGAGUGUGUCUGCAGCUAACGUGGAUUUUUUUUUUUUUUUUUUUUUUGUAAAAGAUGUCUAAAGUCCAAAUACUGAGAUCUUUUGUGAACCAGAGACUGACUGCGGCUGCUGAGGAGAUAUUUGAGCUGUUUGAAAGGACGGUAGCAGACUACGAGGAGCAGCUCAGUCGAUCGAAAGAGAAUCAACACAAACGACUAAAUGCUGCCAUCGACCCCGAAGACGAGUUACGCAGAGCAGGUGUGUACAACGCCCAGCAGCUGAUGGUGAGUAAAGAAGAGGUUUCCCCUGGGCAGCAGGAGAGGGGCCCAAGUCCAGACCAGGAGGACCCACCAGAGCCACCAAACAUUAAAGAGGAAUGGGAGGAACUCUGGAGUCGUGAGGAGGAAGAACAGCUUCAAGGGCCAGAGCAGGCUGAUAUCAUCAAGUUCACAUUCACUCCCGUCUCUGUGAAGACUGAAGAAGAAGAAGAAGAAGAAGAUGAUGAAGAAGAGGAACCUCAGUCUUCACAGAUCCAUCAGAGACAAACUAAACAGACAGAAACAGGAGCUGAUGGAGAGGACUGUGGAGAAUCAGAAGAAGCCAAACACUUCCCUCCAGAUAGUCAUUUGCAUCAUGAAACUCAUGACAAGACUCUGCAGUCCUUUGAAUCUGAGACUGAUGACAGUAACUGUGAUUGGGAAGAGACCAGUGAACCUCAGUCUGGUUUCAACGCUCUGCAAAACAAAGAAGGGUCUGUGAGUGAUCCGGAAUAUAAUUCUGGAAAUACAUCGUUUAGCUUCUCCGAAAAUGAACAACUGCAGAAACACAAAGGAAUCCAGACGGAAGUCAAACCAUUUAGUUGCUCAGUUUGUGGUAAGAGAUUUCUCCGGAAGGCCUCCUUAACAAAUCAUAUGAGACUUCAUUCUGAGGGGAAACGUUUCAGCUGCCCAGUUUGCAAGAAGACUUUUCAAUGGCGAGGAGAUGUUGUGGCACACAUGAGAAUCCACACAGGAGAGAAACCCUACAGCUGCUCUGUCUGUGGUAUAAAGUUUGCACAGAGCUCAACUUUGUCCUCACACUUAAGAAUUCAUACGGGAGAAAAACCCUUCAGCUGCGUAUACUGCAAAGCCAGCUACAGAUUCAGAAGAAGCUUGAUUAUUCACAUGAGAAGCCAUACAGGAGAGAAACCGUUUUGUUGCACAGUUUGUGGCAAAGCGUUUGGAGAAAGAGGACAUAUGAGGCGUCACAUGAGUGUCCACACAGGGGAGAAACCGUUCAGUUGUUCGGUGUGUGGUAAAACAUUCACACUACAUGGAAAUCUAAGGCGCCACUUGGCGGUCCACACGGGGGAGAAACCGUUUAGUUGCUCAGUUUGUGGUCAAAGCUUUGCACAACACGUAACUCUGAGCCGACACAUGACGAUCCACACAGGGGAGAAACCGUUUAGUUGUGAUAUUUGUCAGAAAAGUUUCUCUCGACUUGACUAUGUCAAAAAUCACAAGUGUGUUGGUGAAAGCAGCAAAAGUACAUGAUGCUUGUUAUGCAAAUUAUUCCCAACAAAGUUGAAGAGCUAAAAAUAAUGUCUCAACAAUGGAUUGUCAAUACUUCAAUACAGACUCGUAAAUGAGUCUUCAUUUAAUCUUUUUAGCCAAGACAAAGCCACAUUAAUCUGAUUUAAUUUGUCUUGUUCAUUAAGUCGUUUAACAUGCACUCUCUUUGUGUUUUUGUGUUUAGUUUACAAAGUCCCUUUUAAAGGAUAGGUUCAGAUUUUUCUCACGUCUUUAUUCAUGUCAAACUGUGAUUUUAAAUGUUUGUUAAGAGAGUUGUUUGUUAUUUCGAUGAGUUCUAUAUGUGCUGAGACUGUUUUGAUACAUCAUCGGACCUUCAAGUGACCGUCGAGACAUUUUCCUCAUUGUACUCUGACAGUGCCGGAUAAAGACAGAUGGAGAGCACAUGCAUACGGGCAGAAGUGCAGACACAAAAACAAUAACAGCACAUUUCAUGAAGCCUUUUGUUACUCUGUGUGACUAUCAGUGAAGUUCUGCUGCAGCCUGGAGUCUCUAACAGUCUCAGCUGUCUCAAAUGAACGAUCCCCCCGCAGGAUGACUGUGCAUUCAGAGAUCCUCGUAGAUGUUUUUAAUUUUAGGACAGAAGCAUUGAUGGGGACAAUUCAUCACUUGCUGGAUAUUUGCGCUGCAAAAACAAAACAAAUGCUCUCGCAGAAAACUUUCUGUUUCUGCAAUAUUCUUCCUUUUCGGUUGUUUGGCAGAGCGUUUUCCGGUUCACUGGCUUAAUUACAGUACAGCCCUAAUUCCAGUUAAGAAAUGACAAACUCACCAGGUGCUAUACUUGGAAAACUGUCCUCCAUGAAUGGACCCUUCAGACUCUGACAAGGGUUGGUGGAGGUACAAAAUUAGGCGGAGUCAGCCGCCGCCAAGUUUUGAACGCAGGAAAAACCCUGGUUAUGCACUUGCGCUUUGUAAAUACACAACAAUGGGCACUUGUUCGAGAAAUGUGUUUUGCAAAUGUACAGAUUGCUUUGCAAUUGCUCUUAACAUGUGCUUUCUUAAUGUGUCAAUUUAUUUUGUACUUGUUCUUAAAUUGCAUUUUGUAAAUAGGCAAGUUUCCCUUUAUAACUGGCCGACCCUGCUACGGUUGAAUAGGAGAUGAAGGCAUCUCCUUGUUCUACUUGGUUCUUAUAAUGAGCUUCUUUUUCAAGCCGGACAAAUCUCUUUAUUUGAGAGCAUGUGUAUAUAGAAUGUAAGUGGCUUCAUGAUAACCAGCUCUGUUUACAACACGUAAAGCUUUCUACAGUUCUACUGUAACCUUAAACAGGAUUUUGUGGUUGUAUGUUAUGUUAUGUUGUAUUCCUGAGGAGAAGGGAUGAUGUAAAGAACUGUUAAAGAACAGUUGAACCAACAGGAAAAUUUCCGUGUGCGCAGCCCUCAGUGUGGACACUCUUCUUCUUCUCCCUCUCCCAUUUGCAUCCCUCCAGCAGAGUCACUGGUUAGCUUGUGGUAAAUCUGUUGUGGCCUGUUAGCUUCAUGUGCUGUUUUGAUAAAGAGAACAUUUAAAUAGCCACCUAUAUGCACAGGUUAUGCUUAUGUGUCACUUUUCAUUGAGCAAAUAACGAUUGUGAACAGAUUCCCACAGUCUGACCCCACACCCUCAGUAAGUUGUUGAGGGGAGAGACAUCCCUGUGACCUAAGAUCCUCGGUUUUACUGUCUUUCCCUUCCUUUUAUAUGUGCAUACAUACAUACCAAUAAACUGUAUAUGUACA